CCCAUUGGCUGGAAAAAGAAGACAACCACCGUUAAAGAAACCAGAUUUUAAUUGAUCUUUAAAUAAAAUGCAGCUGUGUCGCUGGCCGGUGAAUGUGGCAGACAGCAACGGGGUUUGUUCUGAAAUAUAGAGGGACUUUGACCUCCUGUUGCACCUCAAACAGAGAAUAGUGCCCGAUCGUUCCUGACAAUUAAACGACACGAUAAAGUGAAGACAGGAGGAGGAGUCUGAGAGACUGCGUGCUGCGACCGUUUCCUAUCCAGGGCGUUAAGAUGACUUCCACUCUGCUGUGCCGCCAGCUCGCUGUCAAUCUGCAGCAGAACCUGCGACUGUCGACGCCAAGUUACAGAUGCAUCAGCAAGGCUGCGACUAAGAGCUCACCGGAUCUGGAGUUCGAUGGGCCUUCCAUGAAGACCGAGGUUCCUGGUCCCAGAUCCAGGGAGCUGACAGAACAGCUGGAUAAGAUCCAGAACACCGGCGCGAUAAACUUCUUCUGCAACUACGAGGAGAGCCGAGGGAAUUACCUGGUGGACGUGGAUGGGAACAGGAUGCUGGACCUCUACACUCAGAUCUCAUCCAUCCCCAUUGGUUACAAUCACCCAGCACUCCUCAAAGUGAUGCAGAACCCGCAGAAUUUGAGCGCUUUUGUGAACAGACCCGCUCUGGGGAUUCUGCCUCCAGAGAACUUCCCUGGGAACCUGUUAGAUGCGUUACUGUCAAUCGCCCCCAAAGGCCUCCGGAAAGUCCAGACCAUGGCCUGUGGGUCUUGCUCCAAUGAAAAUGCCUACAAGGCAAUCUUCAUCUGGUACAGAAACAAGGAGAGGGGGAACAUGAAGCCCACCAAAGAGGAUCUGGAUUCGUGUUUGAUCAACCAGGCUCCUGGAUGCCCUGAGUUCAGUAUCCUAUCCUUCAUGGGUGGAUUCCACGGCAGGACUCUAGGCUGCCUCGCGACGACGCACUCCAAGGCCAUGCACAAGCUGGACGUGCCCACGUUCGACUGGCCCAUCGCCCCGUUCCCCAGGCUGCGCUACCCGCUGGAGGAGUUUGUGCGGGAGAACGCGCAGGAGGAGGCGCACUGCCUGGAGGAGGUGGAGGACCUCAUCGUGAAGUACAGGAAGAAAGGCAAGACGGUGGCCGGGAUCGUGGUGGAGCCCAUCCAGUCCGAGGGAGGGGACAACCACGCCUCUACAGACUUCUUCAAGAAGCUCCGGGACAUCGCCAAGAAGCACGGCUGUGUGUUCCAUGUGGAUGAGGUCCAGACUGGAGGGGGCGGCACUGGGAAGUUCUGGGCCCAUGAACACUGGGGGAUGGACGACCCGGCCGACAUCGUCUCCUUCAGUAAGAAGAUGCUCAGCGGAGGAUACUUCCACAAGGACGAGCUGACUCCUGCUGAGCCAUACCGAAUCUUCAACACGUGGAUGGGAGACCCAUCUAAGAACCUGCUCUUGAAUGAAGUCCUCAACGUGAUCCAGACUGAGAAUCUGCUGGACGAGGUUUCCCGGGCUGGGAAAGUGCUGAUGGAUGGACUGUAUGAUUUUCAGGCUCGCUACCCCCAUCUUCUGAGUGCAGCCAGGGGCCAGGGUACCUUCCUAGCCAUCGACGUGACAGAUGAGGCAACACGCAACAACCUGAUCAUAAAGGCCAGGAACAAAGGUGUCGUUCUCGGAGGCUGCGGAGAGCGUUCCAUUCGGUUCCGCCCCACCUUGGUCUUCAAACAGCACCACGCCCAUGUCUUCCUGAACAUCUUCAAUGACAUCCUGGCAGAGUACAAAUAGGGUGCAAGAGAGCUCCGCUUCACAGCAAAGCACAGGGUCCAAACCUCUCCCUCGAGCAAUCAAAACGAACCAAUCACAAGCCUCACAUACAAGCAAACAGCGACAAGUUCUAGAAUUUUAAAUAUCAUUUAAAAAAAUAAUUUGAAUUGUUAUGAUUUUAUAGAAGGGCUCCAGCAAAACUGUAAUCCCCGGCAUCCAUCCAGCAGGGAACGCUGCUGGGUGGAUGCAAGCAAAAACCGUCCCUUUACAACAGGAUUCGCAUACAGUAGAGCCUCGCCUGUCAGAAACUGUGGAGCUGGAGGGACACAUUAGUGACCUGAAGGAUGGGGUUUCAGUCCUUCAUAUCUUAGCAGAUGAAUAGCUACUGCAAUUUUUGAUUUUUAAAAGCGCGGGACUAUUUUGUAUUUUAAUGUGACCCACAAUUGCAUGUUAUUGUCAGGCGCUCGUGGGUAAGUCUUGGCAUUGCAAUUCCAGUAGUACAUGUGUAAUCCACCAGCACCCAUGCAGCACAAAGCAUAUGCCCUGUCCUCUCCCUCGCGUGUCUCUUUUCAAGCAGUGCCGCUCUGCUGUACUGGAGCACAGAAAGGGAAAGUUGUUGCCCUGCCACAGAUGAGUUCCUGGGUACGAUCCACUUGGGGUAACAGCCCAGAUCCCAGGGCGGGUCUCUUUUUAUGAAGGUGCGGGCGCACACUCCCGACCAUUGAGAGGCCACUGCAGUUUGGAUAAUUGAAGUGAAAAAGCAAUACCUUAAUUACAAGAUAAGAGAUGGAGAGCACACAUAGAACUGUCACUGAAGAAAUGAACAGUAUCAUACACUCUCUACACACAGUUUAAAAGGUGUACUGACAAGGCUUCACACAGUUCUAGUGUUUGAUUAAACUGCGGCAGACAGCUUUUUUCUUUUGUAAUGUGUACUGACUUUCCGUAAUUGUGGUGAAUUCAAAGUUCAUAACUGAAGCUUAGCUCGUCUGCGUAAAAGACCUUGUGAAAAAGUUUUGUAACUCAAGAAUAGAUUAAUGAAAACUUUGCCAUCGAUGCUUACUAAACUGUGCCAAGUGUGGAUGUAACCUACUAAAAACUAGUCCUGAUUCUUGUGAUUGAAAAAGAAAUGUAUCAGUAUUGUGAAAUAAACCUUAUUGUAAUUCUGUG